CCAGGGAUGACAUAGUACAUGCUUUUUGAGUGACCAUAACGACCCGUCACUCCAUAGAGGCAGUCGAAGGCGAACAGAUCACCAAGAAGGGCUCUUGAGCAUGGCGUCCAAAUCCGAUUGGAAGCAGAUAGCAGAAAAGACGCAAGGGGCCUUGAAAACAAAAAUCCCUGAAGCGUGGCGGCUACCAGAAGAUCUUGUCCAAGCAGACCAAAGGGAUGUGUCGCACGUACCGGCCUCGUGUGGUAUUCUAUCGGAUCGGGAACUCAGCAUAACCUCAUGUGAUGCUACUGCGGUCCUGCAAAAGAUUCACAACGGCGACUGGAGCGCCGAGCAAGUCUGUUUGGCAUUUUGCAAGCGUGCAGCUAUCGCACAGCAGCUGGUCAAUUGUCUCACCGAAAUAUGCUUCGACGAAGCUCUAAAUGCCGCCAGGAAGUUGGAUCAGUCUUUCAAGGCCACUGGGAAGCUGAAAGGUCCUCUACAUGGGCUCCCAAUCAGCGUCAAAGACCACGUCAAUGUGGCAGGUCUGCGGUCAACUUUAGGAUAUUGCUGCUUGGCCGAUAAUGUCCCCAACGAAGAUGCCGUAUUUGUCAAGGCUUUGAAGAGUGCUGGUGCCAUUAUCUUCGUGAAAACCACCAUGCCUGUCACAGGUAUGGCUAUUGAGACGGUUAGUCAGCUCUGGGGUCGCACCACUAACGGCUUCAAUCGAGCUUUGGUAUCCGGUGGAAGUUCGGGCGGCGAGGGAGCACUUGUUGGUCUGUACGGUUCUCCAUUGGGCGUCGGAACCGACAUAGCUGGGUCAAUUCGUGUACCAUGUGCUUUCAACGGGCUGUACGGUAUCAGACCCUCAACUCGUCGCUUGAGCUAUGAAGGAAUGACCUCGAAUGUAAGUGGCGGGAGGGCUAUCGCAGCAGCUAUAGGGCCUAUGUGUCACUCCAUUCGAGAUGUCGAAUUGAUCUGCCAAAUUGUAACGAAAGCGACACCGUGGGAAGAAGAUCCAGGCGUAGUCCAGAAAGAAUGGACGACAAGGCCGAACGUCCCCGAGAAGUUGACUAUUGGUCUGAUGAAAUUCGAUGGCGUGGUGAUGCCACACCCACCAAUAUUGAGAGGUCUGGAAGAGGCUGCAGCCAAGCUCAAAGCUGCAGGGCACGAGGUCGUGGAGUUCAAGCCAUACCAACAUCAGCGAGCAUGGGAUAUCGCCUAUCCCCUGUACUAUGCGACUGGUGGGAAGGAAAUGCAAGCUCUUCUUGAUGUCACAGGAGAGCCAUGGCCACCCGCCGCUGCCAAGUUGAGCGCGAAUCCUGAGCUUCGGGAGUUGUCGGCGAGAGAAUUGUACAAGCUUUUCAAUCAACAGGACACCUACAAGAAGGAGUACUUGAAGUACUGGAACGACACAUCGAAAUCGACGUCGUCUGGAAGGCCGAUUGACGCACUGUUAUGUCCCAUCAAUCCGUGCGCCAGUUAUCCCCAUGACUUCCUUACAUGGUGGGGUUAUGCAGCCCAAUGGAACCUUCUUGACUAUCCUGGGGUGAUCAUACCUGUGGGAUUUGUUGACAAUGCCCGAGAUCUUCAGAAUGCCAGCUACAAGCCAAUCAGUGACACUGAUAAAACACACCAUGACCUGUAUGAACCCAGCCUUUGGCACAAUGCGCCAAUCUCGCUGCAGCUCGUGGGGCGCCAAUUCGAGGACGAAAGGCUUCUCGCUGUCGGUGCGGUUGUUGACAAGGUUGUGAAUGGUGUAUCAGGUUGAGUAGGGUCAGCUUGGGCGAAACAUGUCGAAGUCCCGGAUCAGAGUCAUGUGUCAGGAUGUCUCAACUUGUCCGCCGUAUCCAAGAUGCGUCCUUCUGAUCAUAGUCUUGGACGUUCAACCACCUGAAC